AUGUAUUCGCGGCGGAGAGCUUAUCGUCGAACUGAUGGUGACAGUGCGCCAAGAACGCUUGCACCACACGGACACUCGCAAAGAAUGCGCGACGAGACUCCGGCUUACGUCUCGCGAACCACGUUUCUGACCAAAUCGCAGAUCAAACGUCUUCGAGCUGUGCUCAAUGAAAAAUUUGAGAUUCAUGGACGCGGAAAUUUUCCGAUUAUUUCGUGCAGACUCAUCGAUUUGAUUAUUUGUCUUCGAAAUCAUUUGAGUGAUGAACGCGUUGAGCCGAAAAAUGUGAAAUUGAAUGGUGGCGCCGCCUCGUUCGUCGCUUCAUCCGAUGAUUUCACGUACGCCGACGUCGAUUUGAUAUUUGCGAUGGACAUGGCCGCUCAGCACACAUCGGAUUGUUUCGAUCGUGUUCGCGAGGCGGUGUUCGCCACAAUUCGCGAGCUGAUGCCCGACAACGCCGGACGUGACAAGUUCGACGUCGACACACUCAAAGAAGCGUAUUUGCGAAAAAUGAUCAAGGUCUCGAACGAGCACGACACUUGGUCGCUGUUCUCGCUUAACAACGACUACGGCAAAUGCAUCGAGUUGAAAUUUGUAAAUAAAAUGCGACGGCAAUUCGAGUUCUCGGUGGAUUCGUUCCAAAUCUGCCUCGAUCCGCUCGUCGAGGAUUUCGACGCCGUCGAGCCGAAAAAAGUGACCAUCGAGUCGAUGUAUGGCGAUGUUCAUCAGGCGAUGAAUCAUUUGCAUGAAAGACUCAUCGACACAAUCAAACCGGAGGAAAUUCGAGGUGGCGGACUCCUCAAAUAUUGCCAUUUGAUUAUACGAGGAUAUAAGGCGGCGAGACCAGGAAUUUGCCGAAAACUCGAACGGUACAUGUGCUCGAGAUUCUUCAUUGACUUCCCGGAUGUCAUGUCACAGGAGCAGAAGCUGCGAAAUUAUUUGGAGUCGCACUUCAACAAUGGAAACGACCAGUGGUCCUCAUCGGGAGAGGAUACCGAUUCGGAAGCAUCGACGUCGCAGGCGACGACCUCAUCAUUCUUGGCUGCUGGACAAGCCAAAUAUGAUUUUCUCAUGCUUCUGCAUCGUGUGAUCAACGAGAGCACGGUGUGUCUCAUGCAGCAUGAGCGUCAGAUGACACUCAACAUGAUCGACAGACUGGCGUUCCAGGUCUCGCUCCAGACCUACAGUACUCAGGCGUUCUCGACGCCGUCGACACGCACCACGCUGUUCUAUCUGCCGGCAGAUGCGAACUCGUGGAUUCCUGUGAUUUGA